GUCGUCAACAACCACCAUCCUUCCCAACCGUUAACCCCUUCUCCUUCCCUCCCGAAAACCUCCGCCCCACCAUCCAUGGCGAUGGCGUCCUCCUCCCUCGCCGCCGCAAACCACCCCCUCCUCCCCUCCAAGCCGCUCUCCUGCCCCAAGCCCCUCACCCGCGCGACGCCCCUCUCCCGCGCGCUCCACGCCGGCGCCGCCGCGGCCGCGCGGGGCGCUUCGUCGUCGCAGGCGGAGCUCCGGCCGGACUCCAAGAACGCGCCCGCGCUGUCCGCGGAGCUCCGGAGGCUGGCGCGCGUCGGGAGGCUCCCCUCCGCGCUCGCCCUCCUCGACCACCUCUCCCACCGCGGUGUCCCCGCCACGGCCUCGGCCUUCGCCGCGCUGCUCACCGCGUGCCGGUCGCUCGCCCACGCGCGCCAGGUCCACGCGCACCUCCGCGUCCACGGCCUCGACUCCAACGAGUUCCUGCUCGCCAGGCUCGUCGAGCUCUACCUCGCGCUCGGCGCCCGGGAGGACGCGCGCAAGGUGCUCGACGGGUUGCCCCGGGCGAGCUCCUUCUCGUGGAACGCGCUCCUCCACGGGCACGUGCGCCGGGGACGCGGCCAGGCGGGCGCCGCCGUCGUGGAUGGGUUCGCAGAGAUGCGCGCCGCGGGCGCCGACGCCAACGAGUACACGUAUGGCUGCGUCCUCAAGUCCAUCUCCGGGAGCGCCGCGCCGUCCAUGGCCAUGGCCACCGCCACGCACGCGAUGCUGAUCAAGAACGCCUACGCGGGCGCUCCCAGGAUGCUCAUGACGGGGCUCAUGGACGUGUACUUCAAGUGCGGGAAGGUGAAGCCUGCGGUUAUGGUGUUCGAGGAAAUGCCAGAGAGGGAUGUGGUUGCGUGGGGUGCAGUGAUUGCCGGGUUUGCGCAUAAGGGGAUGAAGAGGGAGGCGCUGGAGCAUUUCCGGUGGAUGGUGGAGGAUGGGAUCAAGGUGAACUCUGUGGUGCUUACGUCAGUUGUGCCUGUCAUCGGCGAGUUGCGUGCCUGGAACUUGGGUAGGGAGAUCCAUGGUUUUGUGCUGAAGAAGUUCCAACAUCGUAAGGAUGUUGGAAACAUUCAGGCAGGGUUGGUAGAUAUGUACUGCAAGUGUGGCGAUAUGGUCUCUGGGAGACGGGUGUUCUAUAGCGCUAAGAAGAGGAAUGUUGUCUCAUGGACGGCACUGAUGUCUGGCUAUGCAUCCAAUGGCAGGCCUGACCAGGCGCUGAGGUGCAUACUUUGGAUGCAACAAGAAGGAAUCAGACCGGAUCUUAUAGCCGUGGGGACUGUGCUCCCAGUAUGUACGAAGUUGAAAGCAUUGAGGGAAGGGAAAGAGCUUCACGCAUAUGCCUUGCGGAGGUGGUUCCUGCCAAAUAUUUCCUUGUGCACUUCACUGAUCACUAUGUAUGGUACGUGCAGUCACUCGGAUUACUCUCAACGGGUGUUCCAUGUCAUGGACAAGAAGACUGUACAAGCUUGGACAGCAUUGGUCGAUGCGUACCUAAAGAAUGGUGAUCCUUCAACUGCUGUUGAUGUGUUCAGAUCAAUGCUGCUCUCAAACCGCCGGCCUGAUGCUGUUGCAAUCAGCAGGAUGUUGAGUGCCUGCCGUGACAUUGGGGCAUCAAAACUUGGCAAGGAAUUGCAUGGUCAAGCGUUAAAGUUGCGGAUGGAACCUCUCCCCCUAGUUGCAGCAGGGCUAGUUAGCAUGUAUGGCACAUGUGGAGACCUCAAGGCAGCGCAACGGGUUUUCAACCGGAUUGAGUCCAAGGGAUCCCUUACUUGCACUGCCAUAAUAGAAGCUUACGCAAUCAACCAGAGACACAAGGAGGCACUGGAACUCUUUGCUUGGAUGCUGUCAAACAGGUUUGUUCCAAAUAAUGGCACCUUUGAUGUGUUGCUGAGAAUCUGUGAAGCGGCAGGGUUGCAUGAUGAAGCUCUUCAGAUUUUCAACUCCAUGGUGCAAGAAUACAAUCUGGAAGCGUCUGAACAUAAUUUUGACUGCAUUAUACGGCUUCUCACUGCUGCAGACAGGACUUCUGAAGCACAUCGGUUUGCUGAUCUGAAAGCUACUCUGUUUAAUUUAUCAACUCCCUCUUUGAAUUGCUAACAGCAGUAAAUCUGUAUAUAACGCCACAUUUGAUUUGUUGAAAUGACUGAUACUCCUUUUCUAUUGUCUGAAAAGGUAAGCUUGGUAUUCGUUUUUCAAGAAAAGAUUAAAUAUCAA